UUUGUUGUUGUUGGUGUGUUGAGAGGAGAAGGAGUUAGAAUUUUCAAAAGAAACGGUAAACAGAACCACACACACACACAAAAAGAAGAAGAAGGAAAAAAAAAAAGAAGCGGGUGAUAUAUAUAUAUAUAUUACAUAUUAUAUAUAUAUAUAUAUAUAUAUAUAUACAUAUAUGUGUAUUUAUAUAUAUUUAUACCGACCUAAAAAAAGAAAAUAACAAAAAGAAAUCCCAACACAAAACAUAACAACAACAACCACAACAGAAACGAAGCCAAAAGGACGAUAUCAAAGAGAAAGAAAAGAAAAUAGUAAAACUCGUUUAUAACCAACUGAAGCAGCAGCAACUACACAGGAAUUAUAAUAUAUAUAUAUAUUAUAUAUAUAAUAUAUUAUAUAUUAGAGAUAAUGUAGAUAUACCUCGAACAAGAACAGUUACUACUACUACUACAAUUACAAACACAACAAACAAAGGCUAAAGAAAAGCGAAAAAAUACAAGGGAAAAAAAAUUUCUACCACACCUCGAAUGAGCGCUGAAAUAAAUACAACCAGUACUACUGUCUGUUGCUACUACUAUUGCUACAACUACAACUAGUGCUAAUACCAAGCGUCUACCAAACGAGAAGGAUUCUUAUUACUCUUUGCAAAUACACACAUUCAACGUUUGUAACGCUAACAUUGAAGACGCGCGCACACAACACUGCAUGCUACGGCCUAAGCCUCCGCACCCACUUGUAUAAAUAUAUAUAUACAAUUUAUAUAUAUUAUAUAUAUAUACAUACAUACAUAUAUAUAUAUAUAUAUAUACAUAUAUAUAAAUAUUUAGAUAUUUAUAUAUUUAUAUACACACCGUAGUUGCUUCUUGUGUGUCUUGAAUGAAUUCCGGUCUUUUACAAUUCCCUUGUAUGUAGACGGAAGAAUAUUUAGUGGGGACUAGUAUUUUUCACCGCGGCUUUCCACAAUCCCUUGUCUGUAUACAUUCGAACUUCACAUCUUGACAUCUACACAAAAUUUAUAUAUGUAUAAUAUAUAUAUAAAUUCACAUUAGCAGGAAAAAGAAAUUGCUUUCGCCACCAAUAUUAUAUCCAUAUAAAGCUUAGUGUGGCUACUUCUCAUGCAGUGUACGCUCACCAAUAUCUAGGUAUAUUUCAUAAAGAAUCUUAUCAAAAUAAUAAUUAUAUAUAUAUAUGUACAUAAAAAUUAAUUUCUUCCUUAUAUUUUUGGCAGAUAUUUAUAUCUAUAGAAAAGGAAAUACAUAUCUUAGCUCUUAACUUAUCUAUACCACAUAUAAAGUGAUAACAUUUUCUGUGUAAAGAGAAUAUAUAUACGAUACAUAUAUAUAAAUACACGUGUAUAUAUGUAUAUAUUGAAGCAGGCAAACCACGUAUUUUGCCUUGCACACUAUAAAAUUAGAAAUUGUUUUUUAUUCCUUUCACUUUUGUUUUGGAUUGUCAAUUGUUUUCGCAACUGUUUCUUACCCAAGAGAAAUUUAUAAAGUAUUAAUAAUACAUAUAUAUAUAUAUAUUCAGAUAUAUGUAUACUUCGGUGUGUCGGCGUGAUAGGAUAGUUCACACCUUUUCCUAUAAAGAAAAAAAAGAAACCCUCCAAAAGUAGAACUGAAUAAGUUAUAAAUGCGAAGUUGGUCAUUGAUUGUCAUUCUUCACUUUUAAGUGGUAGCAUUUCCAGGCUUCUGCAAAAAAAAAAAACCAAACAAAAAACAACCAAAAAAAAAAUCAAAAUCCAAAAGAAUCCCUCUUAAUUGCUGCUGCCCGUGUUUCUUUCACCUUUCUACCCACCCGUCCUUUAUGUAUGUGAGAGUACGUGUGUACAAAUAUAUAUAUAUUAUAGAAUAGUUAACGUGUAAAUAUAUAUAUAUAUAAAUAUUAUUUAGGUACUAAUGUAUACAAAUUACAUUAAAAUCACAUAUUUUUGUUUCUGUUUUUCUCCCUUAUCUUGCCUUCUGAUCUCCACAGUCUAAAAGAAAAUCAAAAGAAAAAAAACACAAAAACAACCCCCACCAAAACACAGCUUUAACACUUCCCUCAAGUCUUUGUUCUCUCCACUAUCCCCCUACACUUAGCCCUACUCCUCUCUAAAGAGGGACAAAAAAAUAAUAAAAAGAUAUAGCAAAUAUAUAAUUUAAAAGCUUUUUUAUACAUAAAUAUAUAUUCUUCGCCUGUCUCGCUCACUCCACUGCAUUUGUGAUGCCUGCAAGUUUCCUCAGUACCGACAUGAAUGGUAAUAGCGGCGGUCUGGAAGACCACCGUGCUAUGCAGUUGGCCCUGGAGUUGACAAUGCUCGCUGGAUUACAUACAGAUGAAGAUACGACCACCACGACCAGUAGUAGCAAUGGACUUCCGAAUGCUCCUCAAACUUUUGACGAGUCUGCUCCACGCAAACGCAGCGCCAACAUGACGGAAUGUGUGCCAGUUCCCAGUUCGGAACACGUUGCUGAAAUUGUUGGCCGACAAGGCUGCAAGAUCAAAGCCCUACGUGCAAAAACCAAUACAUAUAUCAAAACCCCUGUGCGGGGAGAAGAGCCUGUAUUUGUGGUUACUGGUCGCAAAGAAGAUGUAGCUGCAGCAAAGAGGGAAAUACUUUCUGCUGCUGACCACUUCAGCCAAAUUAGAGCAUCUAGAAGAAACAACAGUGCUUCUGGUGUCUCAGGGACAAAUUCAAACCUGACCCCUGGCCCGCCCAGUCCUAAUACUCCCGGUCAUGUAACGAUCCAAGUACGGGUUCCCUACAGAGUUGUAGGGCUUGUUGUUGGCCCAAAAGGUGCAACUAUUAAAAGGAUCCAACAGCAAACACACACUUACAUUAUCACACCGAGCAGAGACAAAGAACCUGUUUUUGAUGUGACGGGCUUACCUGAAAAUGUUGAAAAAGCCCGUCAAGAAAUUGAAAGCCAUAUUGCCAUGCGUACUGGUGGGCUGAUCGAAGCCCACCAGCAGCAAGAUGAGAAUGAUUUUCACACAAAUGGUGUUGAUUCAGGUUUUCAUGAAUUAGGAACUGACAUUGGACCUGUCUACCCCAAAACAGCAAAUUCAGCAGCAUUCACUUAUCCAAGUUCGGGUUUAAAUGGAACCCUAUUAUCUCGACGUAGUCAGGAGCCUACAAUUUUUAAUUUUCCACCUGUCACCUCAACAACUUCCAAACUGACGGAUACUUAUAACCCGCUGUCAAAUGGGUUUAAUGCCUUUAACAGUUUUAGCAUGUAUGACAACGAUGAAGGAAUUAGUUCACCCUCUUUUGACCCUGUUCCAUCACCUGCUGGUCUUUGGCCAGAAUUGAGUGAUCCAGCACCUCCCAACAGAGGUUCAUCUCUAGUCGUCUCGGUGUUCACAUCAACUGGUAGCAACCCCACAAGUACUAAUACCACCUCCUGUUCAUCUGUCACAGCUGGUCGACGAAGCAGUCUUGGUGGGACCAACACAACACCUCGACUUUCACCCACUUUAGAGUCUGCUGAAGCAAUGGCAAAUGGUACCACUGUGACAGGAAGUCUGAACACCACGACUCUGGGUGGCAGUAGUAGCAGCUUGGACCAUCAUCCAAUACUUCGACGUAUUCGAAGUGACCCCUUGACUGGUAGCCUAGCUGGCAUUUCAUCUUUCGGACCUCUACCAACAUGUACAAACAACUAUGCUACUACCUCUUCUUCAACAGUCACUAGCAUCACUAGUUCUUGUCCAGAAUCGCCACCACCAGGAGGAGGGGGUGUUGGUAGCCGUCCUCGACGUAACUGCCUUGUGUGCUCUGAGAGUGAGGUUGUGGCCGCGCUUGUACCGUGCGGCCACAACCUGUUCUGUAUGGAGUGUGCCAAUCUCAUUGUUGAAAAACCAAUUGUGGAGCGACUUUGUCCGGUCUGUGAACAAACUCCCACUCAGGCAAUCCGCAUAUUUUCUUAACAUACACACACAUAUAUAUAUAUUAUAAAGACAAAGAAACAAAGAUCUAACUAAUAAAUAUAAUGCAUAAGAAACUUUUCCGUUCCUUGAAAGAGGCUGUUCCCACUCUUUCCCCACCAGACAAUUUAAGAAAUGAGUAUUCUCAUUCGUUGCCGUUAUUCAUGAGAUUAUAGAUCCAUAUAUAAUAUGUAUAUAUAUAUGUGUGUGUGUAUAUAUAUAAAUAUAUACAUACAUACACACAUACAUACACACACGUGUAUAUACACUGACAGAUUUUAUUGAAAGAAAUUUAUAAGUUUAAUCCAUAUUUGGAAGAUGAUAUAUGUAUGAAAUUUACAAACACACAUACUCAAACCAAUAUAUUUAAAAGAAUAUAAAAUGACAGUUAGUGACUGGAGAGAAAAGGAAUUUCUCUUAAAUGUUUCAAAGCUCCAAUUCUAUUUUAUAUAUAUGUGCGUGCGCGUGUGUGUGUAUAUUGUGUGUGUGUGUGUAUAUAUAUAUAUAAUCUGUAUCUGUGUGUAUACAUUUAUAUGUAUAUGACUAUAUAUGUACA